CGACAAAAUGUGAGCAGAGUCGACUCAUUUCUUAUAAAAAACCCUCUCAGGUUCCGCUCACGGAAAACGCAAGGAAAAAUUCAAUAUGUCCGAUUUCUCUUCCGACGACCUGCCAAUCCAGCCGAUUUCUAAAUUGGAUGAGGACAACACCAGAAGGACAAACGAACAACCCUUGUCUGCCACGGUUGCAGAUACUCAAGCGCCGUCACCGCAACGAUCGAACAAGAUUGAACAGAUCAGAAAAGCUUGUCACGACCGCGACUGCACCAAUGUAAUUUCCCUUGCAAAAACCGAGGGCGGUUUGAUCAACGACGACGUGCGGAGGGAAGCAUGGCCGCUACUACUGGGCUGCGACGGGGACCUAAUCGGGCGAGAGGCGGAUUGGGCGAAGCUGCCCAAACACCGAGACGAAGAACAGGUUGACUUAGACGUCAACCGCUCAUUCGUGUACUAUCCCGAAAAUGAACCUCAGCAACGGAUCGAUGCCCGAAAGCGCGAGCUAUCGGAUCUGAUCGUAGGUGUUCUGCGCAGACACCCAUUGCUUUGCUAUUUUCAAGGAUAUCACGACAUCAUUCAAGUGUUUCUACUCGUACUUGGCGCACAAAUCGCAGACCGGACCAUUGCAAGGUUGUCCUUGUUGCGUAUCAGAGACUUCAUGCUUCCGACCUUAGCCGGGGCUGAAGUUCAUCUGCACUUGCUGCCCGCCAUCUUGAUUAAGGCCGAUCCCGACUUGUGCCGACAUCUUUCAGGCGCGACAAGGCCAACUCCAUUUUUCGCCCUCGCGGCAACUUUGACGCUCUACGCGCACGACAUCGAAGAAUAUGGAGACAUCGCACGAUUAUUCGACUACCUACUUGCGUCCGAGGCGGCGGUUCCCAUCUACUUGUUUGCUGUUAUUGUCAUGUCGCGGAAAAAGGAACUUUUAGAAGUCGAGCCAGACGAGCCCGAGAUGCUCCAUUCCAUCCUCUCGAAACUCCCCAAGCCACUAGAUCUUGAAGGACUCAUCCAGAAGACCCAAACUCUCUUCGAGGAGCAUCCUCCAAAAUCGUUACCGUACCACGUGUGGAGCCGAAUCAGCUCCAACAGCGUCCUCAAAACAACGCAUAGCAUCUCGGCACUCUCUCAGCAAACCGUCGAACACGGCGAAGAACUCUUCCUCAAACAAGCCACAGAGAUCCGCCGACAAGAACGGCGGAAACAGUUGGGCUUACGCGCCCAGAUCCUGUUCAGACGAUACAAGCGACCAGCGGGAUUGACCGGCGCGGCGAUCAUUGUUGCGGUUGUUGCGCUGUACUUUGGGAGGCCGACGACAGGAUCAGAUUGGCUCACAACGGCUUCUGAAACCCAGCAAAGGAUAUGGAGUACGGUUCGGUCGUUGCUAUUCCGCUCUUGAGCAUGUCGUCUCGAUGAACUUUGUGCUUGCUGAUUUGUAAGAUCAAGCCUGGGGGAUGGCUAGAAUGAAAUGAAUAAUUUCACGUUUCACUGCAUCCCAACGUGUUUGGCACUGUGCCGCCGAACACAGGUGAUAUUUUCAUUGUAUAUGAGGAUGCGGUUCGGACGUAGACAGCGCCCCAGUGUCUAUAUUGUGGGUCAGCUUGACUGCCAUGAUCUCUCUAAUUCAAACAACGCUUUGCUCA